UUCUAGAAUGCCCCGUGUAUUUGGAGGAGCACCUAAAUGCGCAAACUGCGAGAAGAGCGUUUACGCUGCAGAGGAGCUGAAGGCACUGCAGAAAAUCUGGCACAAAAUGUGCUUCAAGUGCACCCACUGCAGCAAGAAACUGACCCCUGGAAUGGAAACUGAGCAUAAUGAUAAGCCAUACUGCAAGAACUGCUAUGGAAAACAUUACGGACCUAAAGGUGUUGGCGGUGGAGCCACAGCUGGAUGUCUGACCACCGACACGGAGGAUAACGCCGUCAGCAAGUUCAAGAAUACGCACGAGAGCAAAAAUACAGUCAGUAUAACAGCACAAGAGAAAUGCUACACAUGUGAGAAGACUGUUUAUGCCGCCGAGAAGCUCGUCGUUUUGAACAAGGUUUUCCACAAGCCUUGUGUCAAAUGUAAGGCAUGCAGCAAGACCAUGACCCCCGGGGAAGUCCUUGAACACGACGACGAGAUUUACUGUAAAACUUGCUAUGCCCAAGACUUUGGUCCUCACGGCAAAGUCUAGUGAGUGUGUGUUUAUCGAGUGUGAAGAGCGUGUAUAUUUGAUUGUCACUCAAGAAACUUCGGACCCAAAGGUGUAGGAUUCGGCAUAUCACCUGCCACGAUGUCGACGGGAGAGUAUGCUGUUCAAAAC